CCAAAGUGCUGCCAAAAUCUCUACAGUGGUGGUGUGAGCGAUUUGUGUUUUACAUUUUCGACUUCGAAACUCGUUCUACAUUAUUGAAAUCAAGUAACUUAUGAACUUUUGUGAUUCAAGUUCUAGUGGUGAAUUUUAUUCUCCUCUCACCCUUUCCGAUUUAGGUAUAAGCCUUCUUAAGGAGGUUAGGGUUAGGAGUGAAAGUGAUAUUGAGCGUGAGUUAGAGUUUUUUGAAGAUCCUGACUACAUCCCUCCCCCUACUCUGUGCAGUGAAAGUUGCGAGACUGAUGAGAUGUCUUCUAAGGAAACAUUGAGCAUUAUGGGGAGCGAGGAAGUGAAAAUGUUGGAGUACAGUGAUGUAAGUGUGGAGGGUGGGUUGUCUGAGUCUGAGCGAACAGAGGGAGGGGUAGCACGAAAUGAGGUUGUUGGGGUUGAGGCAGAAGGGGUUCUUGAAAAUAUUUUGGAAGUUGGAGAUAAGAAUAAUAAGUUUUAUGAUAGUGGGGCAGACAUUGUAUCUGAGGUAAAGGAGUAUGAGUUUGAACUUAGAAGUAGGGAUAGCCUAAUUCAUCUCGUAGAGACUUACGAGAUUUCUUCUCGGGUUUUGGUUAGGCCUGUUGGAGUGAAGGAAAGGGCAUGCUUGGCACCCCAAGAUCACUGGAUGCCGAUGGGGGAUGGAGAAGUAGAAUUUCUGUCUACUUGGAAGGCUAAAAAGGCCAACCAGAAUAAGUAUAGUUUAAAUAGUGAUAAGGAAGAAGAAGUGGAGAAACUGGUGAGAAAAGAGGGUGAUAUAAUAGAUAUUAUGUUUCUCACCAACUCAGAUGUUAUAAAAGCAGCUGAGCUCUAUAGGCCAAGCUCAAUAAGUGAAGAAAUGAACAAAUUUUUGGGUGCUAUUGGCGGGGUGGCUAUUGGCGGGGUGGCUAUUCCCAAAAAGCCAAGGAAUAAGUCCAAGACUUUAGAAAAUGCUACGAGAGUGAAGGAUGAGGUCAGGGGGGACGAGGUAGUGGAGUUCGUACCUCAACCGGCUCCGAUUGAGCUUGAUCCUAAUCUUAGAGAGGUUGAGGUUCCCACCCACGCCCAAGAGUUCAUGGAACUUGUGAAGGAGCGCAAUAACCUACAGAAGGAAAGAGAUGAGCUACUAAGGAAAAAUGGGGAAAUGAAGAGGGAGUUAGAGAUAGUGGUACCAGCAGUGACGAGCUUGCAAAAGGAGAGAGACUCAUUGAAGACGAUUCUCUCAUUCAAAGAGAGGAAGAGAAAAAUGAGCGAAGAAGAGAAUGAAGCACAAGAAGAAGAAAUAAAAAGAAUGAGAGAAUCCAAGGUCGAGCUCAAGAAGAAUGUUCAACUAUUGGUACACAAUGGGAUAGAGGAGCAUAUCGGCAACUUCAUCAACUCCAGCUCAUUUGACAACAUUGUCAACCUCUACCGGCUGCCUACUGCGAUCCUCACCUUCACAGAUUGUAGAAAGAAGGUGAACGCUGAGCACCUUGAAGUGGAUAUAACAAAGAUCACCUUUGGCGAACAAGAGGAAAGGGUGGAGGAGAACGGACACACCAUUUUUCCUCCAAACUUCGACUUCGAGUUCAUAACAGUGGAGGAAGAGGAAGCAGAGGCAGAAGGUGCUGAAGUUGAGGAGAGCCAACCUCCUGGGCAAGUGGAAGUCCAUCCAGUUCCCUCUAAUGAAGAAGUGCCACCUCUUCCAACAGAACAGCAACCAACUCAGCCACCUCCUCCAGUAAAAUAGCUAAGGAUUUUUAUUUUUUGAUUUAUGUAGUUGUAAUUUGAAUAGUAAUUGAUUUAAACAUUUUUGUAACAUUUAUUGAUUAAUCUGAAGAAAAUUUUUGAAAUUGG